AUGUUCGCUCGACCGGUUCUCCGGACUCUGUUCAAUGUCGAACGAGUAGCCAGCCAACAGCCGAUUUUCUCGUCUCGACAGCAGGCAUGUCUGCUUCACCAAGCAUCGACCACGAGCAGCUCGCAGAACUUCCAGGCUACAUCCGCUGAGGUCCCGCCGCCGUCAAUAACAACAAGUCUUGCAACAGAGCCAGUUCUCUCGGAACCGCAACAAUCCUCAUCAGAAGAAGAACAAAGAGAACUACUAUCCAAACAUGGCUACGCCAACAGCCGCAUCCCUCGCAACAAACUCCCCCUCCCACCCAGCUUCUCAUCCAACCUCAAAAUCAGCCCAUCCCUCGCCUCCAAACUGCCUCAUCUCCAAACCCAGCGCCCGCACUACAUCUCCGCACACCUGCACGACCGACCCUACCUCCUCACAGAAGGCGACCACCUGCGCCUCCCCUUUCUGAUGCCCAACGUCAAAUCCGGGGAUGUGCUGCGCUUCAACCGCGCGUCCGUGCUUGGUUCGCGCGACUACUCGCUCAAGGGCGCCCCGUAUAUCGACGAACGCAUGUUUGAGUGUCGCCUGCGCGUGCUGGGUGUGGAGACGGAGCCGCUCCGCAUCAAGGAGAAGACCAAGCGGAGACGGAGACAUGUGCAGCAUGUCAAGAGUAAGCACAAAUAUACGGUUCUAAGGGUUAUGCAGGUUAAAGUCAAGUCAUUGGAGGAGUUGGUGGCUGAAGGUGCAGAAAUUGUGCAAGAGGAUUCCCUUGCCAAGGAGGGGGAUGUUAUUGAGACCAAGACUGAUUCUGAUUCUUCGUCUUGA